AUGGGUUCUCUUUUUCCAGGUAUAUCCACUUAAAAACAAAAAAUUGAAAAAUAAACAAUGAGUUUAAAUAAUCAAAACUCACAAAAGCAGCCUUCUAUUUCUAAUUUAAACUUAGGACAAACUUAAUCAAUAGGAGAGUAAAUAUAAGAUAGAGAAUUCUCAUUUAAUGAAGAAUACUUUAAUGGAAAAUUAUCACAAAAAACAAAAGGGCAGAUAAAUGUUAAUUUUAUUGAAUCUAAUCAAGCUAUCUUAAUAGAUUAAUCAGGUAAGCUAAUAAGACAAGUAAAUGAGUGUAAAUAAAAUAAUUAUUGUUAUGAUUGCAGGUAAUUAAUUUAAGACACAGUUAUUAAAAUAAUUUGCUAACAUUAAUACCAUGAGAUUUGUUUUAUAUAAUAGAUAGAAAAAUAAUUAUCAAAUUAAGAAAGAUUUAUAAUAAAAUGUAAAUGUGGAACAAAAUUGAAUUCAAAUAUUUUAAGAUAAAUAGUAGAUGUUGAAGUUAGAUCUAAAUUUCUUUACUAGAUUUUUUCAAAUUAAAUUUUCAAAUUACUAUAAAAUUCAAAUAUAAGAAAAUUAUGUGAUUUAUAAUAAAUUUAUAAGAUGAUAGAAUUAAAUAUCAAAAAGUAAGACUAUGAUUUUAAUUAUGAUGAAAAAAAGGGAGAGCUUUAAAAAAAUAUUAUAGAAUACACAAUAAAUGAAAGUGGAAUUCUACACAUUAGUCAAUCUAAACUCUUCAUAAUUAGUGUUUGUUUAUAUUGUGGAAUUGAAAUUUCUAAUUCUUUACUAAAAUUAAAUUGUGGGCAUAUCUAUCAUUAGGAUUGCUUAAUGAAUUGGCUUAAAUUUUAGAUUGAAGAUAAAAAAGUUCCCAAUAUUAAAUGUAGAUGUGGGACAAAAAUUAAUAGCAAUAUUAUUAGAAGGAUUCCUGAAUGUAAAAUUAGGAUGAAAUUUUUGAAUUAUUUGUUUUCAGUAUAAUUGUCAAGAAUACUUCCUAAUUUAAAAAAACUUGACGAUUAUGAUUAAAUUUGGAACCUAUUUUAUGAAAAUUAAUUUACAGAAGAUCAAGAUUACAAUAGUUCAUCAGGAUUUUUAUAUUUUAGUAAUUAUUCUACACCAGGAGGAGAUUGA